UAACGCAGGCUGAGGAGUCCACUGUUUGAAUAUGAUGACCACAACGUCACUUCAUUGGGAGGCAAACACGUGGUGAAGUGAGUCCCUUAUAUAUCAGCGUCCCUCUGUCCUCGCUACAUGGUGAUGUUAUCUGCUGGCAAGCUUACUUUUCUAGGGGGCCGAGAAUUUAACAGGAUGGAUGGAGGAAUAUAAUAACGGUUUGCAGUUGCAGUCGUGGAAAGGAGUAGAGAUUAAUUCACUAUUUGUUCUUAUUAAUAAUUUGCCUUCGGUCAAUUUGGAUAACCAGCAAAAAAAAAAGUCCGGUAAAAGAGGCAAUGCAGGGUCCAUGUAAAUUUCAAGGGGGGAAAUUCAACUGCUAAGCUUGAAAGGCGGACUUGUGCUGUGAGCGGCAGAGACCAGAGCUGGAAAGGACUCCAGAAGCGUUUCUGAUGCGGUGGAGGUGUGUGCGAUCGGCAGGGCUCACGUCGGUUCUGCUAAACAGGGGCUAACUUAGGCUUGGUUUAUUUUUUGAAGCGUUUGGAUAAUUUUGGCUUUUAAGACAAUCUUUAAAAAUAUUUAUUUUUGAUAUAUAUUUGAGAGCUAGCAGAGUCAUCUGUAAACGCACUACAUUAGCUUAUUCGUAUGCUUUUAUUGCUCGGUAUGUGAAUAAUAAAAUACAACUUAAUGUAAGUUCGAAUUGAGGGGGAAUUUAAUCAAUGCAUGGACUCCCCACAUAAACACUACAAAAGUUGAGGUUGAUCCUAUUUUGUUGCAGAAUUUUUAAAUAUUAUCUCCAGUACAACAUAUGCACGCCUCGAUCGCUGUUUUAAAGGAAAACGAUACUUCAUUAAAAAGAUGAACUGCUACAUUCUGAGUAUUUUCUUAACGUUGGAUUUAGCCACUUCGGCUCUUAGUUUGUCUACUUGCAGUACUCUCGACAUGGAUAAAUUCAUGAAAAAAAGGAUUAAUGCCAUCAAGGGACAGAUACUGAGCAAACUGAAGCUCUCUAGCCCACCUUCACACUUCCCUGAACCUGAAGAAGUUUCCAGGGAAAUAAUCGCUAUAUAUAAUAGCACAAGAGACCUUCUGCAGCAGAAAGCUAACGAGAGGGCUGCGACUUGUGAAAGGGAAAGGAGUGAAGAGGAGUAUUAUGCGAAAGAAGUUUACAAGAUAGACAUGCUACCUCUUUACUCUUCUGAAAAUGUCAUCUCUUCGACGCUAUAUAAUCCUUACUUCAGACGACUCACAUUUGAUGUCUCACCAAUGGAGAAGAAUGCCUCAAAUUUGGUGAAGGCGGAACUUAGGAUUUUUCGAUUACCAAAUCCAAAGGCAAGAGUUUCUGAGCAGCGAAUAGAACUUUAUCAGGUCCUUGGUCACAAAGAACUAACAUCGCCAACCCAACGAUACAUUGACAGUAAAGUAGUGAAAACAAAAAUGGAGGGAGAGUGGUUAUCUUUUGACGUUACAGAAGCUGUAAGUGAGUGGCUUCUUCACAGAGAAAGAAACAAUGGAUUCAAAAUAAGUUUGCACUGCCCAUGUUGUACAUUUGUACCUUCAAACAAUUACAUCAUACCAAAUAAGAGUGAGGAGCUAGAAACCAAAUUUGCAGGUAUUGAUGACAUCUACAUCCGUAAUUCGAAAGACAGUGAAAGAAGUCCUCACCUUUUGCUGAUGCUGCUUCCAUCAUACAGACUUGAGUCUCAACAAACCAGCCGUAGGAAAAAAAGGGCCUUAGAUGCUGCAUAUUGCUCAAGGAAUGUACAGGACAACUGCUGCUUGCGCCCAUUAUACAUUGACUUUAAGAGGGAUCUUGGCUGGAAAUGGAUUCAUGAACCAAAGGGAUAUAAUGCAAAUUUUUGCGCAGGGGCUUGUCCAUAUUUAUGGAGUGCCGAUACUCAAAAUAGCAAGGUAAUUGGUCUGUACAGCACAAUAAACCCAGAAGCUUCAGCAUCUCCUUGCUGUGUGUCUCAAGAUUUAGAGCCUCUUACCAUCUUGUAUUACAUUGGCAAAACCCCCAAAAUUGAACAGCUUUCAAACAUGAUUGUCAAAUCUUGCAAAUGCAGAUAAAACAUUUCGUAGUUGGGAAGUUUGAUUAUAUCAGUGUUAAAAGACACCUUCAAAACAGAACCAUAGUAUGGAUGGACGAAUCUUAAAGGCCAACGGAAGAAAUGCUUUUCAAAGGCAUUAACUGCCUUGCUUCACCUACUUUGUUCGUGAGAUAAAGGAGAUAAUUGUAAACACUGGAAGAAUCUUUAAGUGUCGAUAUGUGAAAUAAAUAUAAGAAUUCAAUUUCCCUGAUUUUACUGUCCUAGUCUGGUGCCAGUAAUUUCUCUCUGUAUUGUUUUCCAUCUUUAGAGCUACCCUUUUAAAAUAACAAAACCCAUUUCCAAUUUGUUUAGUACUUAAAAGUAAGUGUACAUUUUAAGGCCUUCAAAUCUCAGAAGUAGUUGCACUGCUUAAAAGACUGUCUUUUCAUACCGAAUAGUGUUGAUAUUUUCCUCAACAGCACUUCGUUUUGCUAAAAAAAAACAUGUAGUAGCUACAAAAUAAAGAAUACUUUUUUGAAAGAGCAGAAAAUGGCCCAAUGUGGAGUGGAGCUGAUUUCAUCUUGUAACCAGUACAACAUUGUCACCAUUAUUUUUUCUGAUGGCAAUUGGAAGGAAGAAAGGGGACUAUUUCGAAGUGAUUUCGAAGUGAUUAUGUAAAAAAGACACCGGUAACAUUGUUGAUUUAACACGUUAAAUUAAUAAAAAUAAUUUUAAAUACUCUCAAACUGUGGCAAAAUAACAUUAAAACAAGGGUGCUACUGUGAUCACUCAGUUUCUAGAAUGCAUUGAAAUUCAAACAAAGCUUACCAAGAACGUUUUCCCAGACUCCUUUCUGCAAUGACUUUUAGUUUCACCAUUUCUUAUGUAUCAGUUUCUAGUCAUGGGGUCAAAUUCUUCUCCAUAAAUCAUGCUUUUUUUAUUCUUGAGAAGGAUUAUUUAUUAUGAUAUAUAUGUUGUCCAUGUCUUGGGAACUUAUGUCAGAAUUGCAUUAGGAGAAUUGUGUGGAGUCUGUGUUAAUGUGAUUUCCUAUUUAAUUAGAUAUUUAAUAUGAGACAUAUUAAAACAAGUUAAAAUACAGGAAAAUGUUUUAUCUUAUACAGUAUACACUGCUGUUAAAGGACUUUGACAUGAUAGCAGUAUAAAAUUUAUGUAUAUUAUAGGCAUCAACAUUUUUCACGAAGCCUUCACUUGUGUGUUCUACUACUAUAAGAACUGUGUUAUUACUGUAAUUUAGUUUUAUUAAGGAAAAAAAAACAAGAUCCUCAUUAAGCAAUCCUUUAAUAAACAGUAUCAAAAUCAUAAAGAAUUCAAUGAAAACUAGAUAUGAGCAGCUGAUAUGAGAUUUUAGUGAAGCUUCCCCAUCACAUUUACCAAUCAAAUUUUGUUCCAUUGUGAAGUUCCUUUUCAUUAAUAGGAUUUGUAUUUCUUUUCAUGUCAGUAAAGCUAAAAGGCUGUAUUGUGGUUUAGGACUUACUGUAUCUUAAAAAUAUGGCUAAAAUGUCAGAAGAUUGCAAUGUUCUAUCUCUGCAUGUAGAAAAUAUAAAAUGAAAGGAGUAGAAUAAUAAAAAAAUGUCUAAGUAUCUUACACAGCACUGUAUACUAAAAUGUCAUUAGCGUGGGACAAGAAUUUUCCUUUUUGUUCCUUUAGGUACAGUAUGUUGUCACAUGCUGUGUCCUGAAAACAAAGUACAAUUUGUUAGCUUUUAAAAUCAAAUUUUGGAUUUAAAAAGCAAAUGGCUACAUUUUACAAAGAUAAAAGUCAUUACAUAAAAAAAUGAAAAGCCUUAGUUAAUACUGUUGCUUCCUAGUUUGAAAAUAUAUUUUAUAGGUAUAGAGAUCACCCAGUUGUGCAUCUCUUAAUAAUGGAACAAGUAAUAGGUUUAUUCCAU